AUGGAAUUGCCUUUUGUUGCUGUUUUGUCGUGUUUUUCUGUUGCGUAUCUGACUUCAAGUACCAAAUUCGACGGAAGUCUUCGUGAGCUCAGUGAAUUUGUCAAGGUUAUUUUCAAUUGUGGGCCUGUUUUAUUGACUGAGGAUCUCGUCGUCGAUUAUUGUUAUUCAUUAUUGCUGUUCGUCACUAUCGCCAUAUUUUUUUGCGAUUACGUCAAUAGACUCGAGCAAUCAGACGCAGUUGGCAGAACUUACCUUUUAGAAUAUCUCGUCACGGAGUUGUGUCAGCCAGUGUCCAUUACUGAAUCAUCCGAUGAACCUCCAGUCGUUGAACUGCAGCACGCUGAAGUCAGUUCGAUGCAUUUCCGUGAUAUACGUGGAGAGUUGCAUACACUCCGUGACGAUAUUUCUAAGAGCUACACUUCAAUUUUUGCAAAAGUUAAUGCCCUCGUCAAGCAAGAAGACGACAGCGCCAUCGGAAUUCUCACUUCAAUCGCGGAGCGGAUGCGCAUUAUUGCCGAUGUCGACAUUGGUGUCUCUUUUGGAAAGAAUGUUAUUCUUCCCAGACCAGAUGUUAGAGGUGGAAAACCAAAAAUGCAAAAAGCUGAUCUUUACACGAGAGCCAAAAUCCGCAAAGAAAUGAAGAGCAAAACUCAAUCGAUGGAGGAAAUACGCGUCGAUCCCGACGAUAUUUUAUUCUGUUCACUUUGUUUCCAAGAAGACCCUGAACUACCUCCCGACAUGGAUCCAGAAAAACCAGACGCCAGGGAGACCCAGUGGAUGAGAUGCACUGAAUGUCGCAUUUGGGCCCAUGCAAUAUGUGCUCGUGGUGUUCAAUUUCGGAGCUGCAAAGCUUGUAAGAAGGGAAAGUACAGCAUUGACGUUUACGAGAGUUGA